AUGCCAGCUAACCGCUCCAAUUCGCCUCCAGCACCCAGUUAUCUCUCCCAGUCAAAGGCAGAGGCAAUCUUGUCCGAAGUCAGGCCGACCAAAGUCAGGACAGAGACACUAAUCUGCAUCAACGUCUUUUUGGACGAACUUCUCUGGCUCGUCCUCAGCACCGCGCGCUCGUUUUCCACCGAUCGUCUAAAGGUCUCGCUCGUCAAAGUUCUCCCCACCACGCUCGGCAAAGACGCGCUUCUAGAGGCUGAAGUAGAGCUCAAGGCAUACUGGGAAAAGACUGGUCUCCAUGUCCUCAAAGCACUCGAGAGUGCGCCUUCGCCGAGUACGACGGAGUUUCCGCUGCAGGCAGCGUUUGAACUUCUACGACACAAAUGUGAAGCCUACUCGACGCUGGGCGAGCUAGACGAGGAUGCAGAUGUAGAGUCCCGGUUGCAGACCCGUAUGCUCCAGGCGUCGUCCAACCCGCCAAAUGCGACAGCUGUCGCUCCUGCUGCACUCUAUCUAACUGCUGUCCUCGAGCAUAUUUGCGAACACAUCCUGGGAAACCUCGCGCGCGUUGUUGGGCGCGAUGCAAGUCGAGCCACUGCCCAGGUCGGCGACCUGUACGUGGCAUUGUGCGAAGACGAUACGAUCUAUGGACUGUUCAAAACGAUGAAAGUUCAAGAACAAAUCGACCGCCAAAGCAAAGGUUCCCGUCCUCGCAGGAGCAAAUCGUUUGUCCGAGGCGACAGCUCGCCGUUGCGUGCCACCUCUCCACAACCGACGCCAACCGGCUCGACAGACAACAUGCGAGCCUCGGCAGAUGUAAAUGGAGGAGGAUUGGCGACGACGCAGCCCGGACACGCGCCCUCGUCGUCUGACAAGCUCCGCGCGCUCAAAAUGUUCAAGAAUGGCAACAGCGACGCUGCAUCGAACAAGGAGCACCAGCGCAGCAUGUCCGUCAUGAGCAAAAGGACAACACUCGCCUUUCAAGACAAUGAAGCGGAGUCUGAAAACGGAAUGCAGGACUUCGACGACUUGAUGAACUCUGGCACAACGAUGAAGGUCUCACUUACUCCCGACCGCCUCAAGACUUUCGAGAUUUAUAACAAGCAGAAGCUCGCCAAAGCAAAGGUCACACCUGCUCCCCCACCCAACGCCGAACCUGCCCCUCCCUUCAAAUCGCUUCGUCCCGUCGCGAGCACAAAGUCAAUAGGACGUGCGCAAGACUUGCUAGAAGACAGAGAAAACGCGACUUCCCCGCUCUCCGGCAAGCGCAAUCACAGCAUCGCAACUCCAGGCGAAGUUGGCAUUCGUGUGAACCCAGCGCGUCGUGGGUCAGACAGCAGCACACCCCCGACAACAAACCCCGCACUCUUACGCAAAGCUUCCGCAACCGGUCCCUCUAUGGCCCCAGGUCCGUCCUCGUACACCAACUCUGCCUCUUCCCGCCGGCUUGGCGAACCCAUGGACAUGUCGAAUGGAAUGCCCAAGCGUAACCGAACUGGUCCCCGUGGUCCCGCUAGGAAUAGAGAGUCGCUAGACUUGGACGAGGUGAUGGACGUCGACGACGAGAUUGCCUUUGGUCCGCCGCCAAUGAUGCCAAAAGCGGCGAGCGCGUCCGGGACGUCUUCUAGUACUCGGGAUCUCAUCGACUUUUUGUCAGAGGGUCCACCGGAACAACCGUCGCUCCCGCCACUCCAGACAAACAACCUCAAUGUCACGGAAAAGCCUCAAAAAUCGGGUCGUCUCAGGAGCAUGUUUUCGAGAAACUCUGCUCGACCAUCAACCGAAGCACUUCCCACUAUGAAUAAUAGUGCUAGCACCAACAAUGUUUCACGCGCAACCAAUGGAUCGGUUUCUCUCGGGCGGUCCAACUCUUCCCUGAAGAAGCAGCGCUCGGUCGGGAAUCUUGAUGCCCCUCGAGCACCCCCGCAACCUUUUCCUCCAGUCGAAUAUCCUCGCCCUCCUCAUUAUACGCGCGCUUCUGCGCCUCCCUCCCCGACUCUUUCUUCCCCUCAGGUGCAAACGCCUGCCGGCGAAUCCGCGUCAGCAACUGGACAAAGCUCACACUCGCAAUCACUGGAGCGUGCCCGACAUGUCUCUGUUACGCGCAAGGCCGCGCCUGUUUGGGAUGGAGGAAAUGACCAGCUCCCAGUGCCCCCCGUCCCCAAUACACCUCGCUCUCCUGGAGAUACAAGACCUCCUCCAAGCCCCAAAGCAUCGCUUUCUUCCAACAUAGCCACUCAGAGUGGACAUCCAGUCCAGUUUAACACGGUCGCAUCACCAAAGGAAUCGCAACCCUCGCCUUCGUCUCCGCCGACCCCUUCACGACGUUCAGGAAUGGUCCCUGCUGCGCGAAGUGCGGGUAUUCCAAACCUGCCUGCAGCAAAGGCGGUCGAUGUGAGCGACAUGCGGAAAAAGCUGUCGCAGGCGACGAGCGUGCCCGAAGCUCGAUUGCUCGUCGACUUGUUCCUGACACAGUGGGGAUUCCCCGUCAACAAAGAGCACGAGCUUGCGGGCCCAUUAUCACCACCCGUUGUGCUCAACGGAACCUCGAAUGACGAUGGACAUGGCGUGAGCAUUGUCGAACUUUUACUUGGCGAGAGUUCCGGGAGCGUCGGUGUGCCUUCGCACGAGGGCUCCUCGUCGUCGUCGUAUGUGCAGGGACAACAGACGGUUUAUGCCCAAUCUCCCGUCUCCAACUCGACGGAUGAACCAUUGACGCCUAGUGCGUCGCAGUCGACCCCUCGCAUUCCUGCACCACGGGGUGCGCGGAUCGAUACGUCAAAGCAGACAAGCCCAUCUGUGGCCAAUGGGCCCUCUCCAGUCCAUCAUCACCGUUACGGGAAUACAUCGCCCGUUGUAGUCAGCUAG